UUGGCUGUGAAGAGCCGGAAGAUAUUUCUAGAAGUGCGGCAGGAAUUAAUUGGUUUUGCCACACGUGCUGGGCGUGAUGGAUACCAUAGAGACAGCAAAGCUGGAGGAGCACAUGGAAGGUCAGAACAAUGAAACUUCAAAUGGUUAUGCUCGACCUGCUCUCACGGUCAGCGAGGAGAGCAAAAAUGGCAGCAGCAAACCAAAGGGAUUACCCAACGGCUUGCGGAAAGGCACCAAGAAGUACCCAGACUAUAUUCAGAUUUCUAUGCCUGCUGAAACUAGAAACAAAUUUCCCAUGGAGUGGUGGAAAACAGGCAUUGCCUUUGUGUAUGCGCUCUUCAAUUUAGUUCUAACGACUGUUAUGAUCACAGUGGUACAUGAGAGGGUACCUCCCAAGGAGCUCAGUCCUCCAUUGCCAGAUAAGUUUUUUGAUUACAUUGAUCGCGUGGAAUGGGCAUUUUCUGUAUCAGAAAUAAAUGGAAUCAUACUAGUUGGAGUAUGGAUAAUCCAGUGGCUGUUUCUUAGAUACAAAUCAAUAGUGGGACGAAGGUUCUUUUUUAUAUUGGGAACUUUGUACCUCUACCGCUGUAUUACCAUGUAUGUCACUACCCUGCCAGUGCCUGGAAUGCAUUUUCAGUGUGCUCCAAAGCUGAAUGGAAAUUCUCAAGCUAAGGUUCAGCGGAUCCUGCGACUACUUUCCGGUGGCGGACUAUCCAUAACAGGCUCGCACAUCUUAUGCGGAGACUUCCUGUUCAGUGGCCACACUGUAGUGCUAACACUCACUUAUCUGUUUAUCAAGGAAUAUUCUCCUCGUCACUUUUGGUGGUAUCACUUGAUCUGCUGGUUGAUGAGCGCUGCUGGGAUAAUCUGCAUUCUGGUAGGACAUGAACACUACACUGUGGAUGUCAUAAUUGCUUACUAUAUCACCACAAGACUCUUCUGGUGGUACCACUCAAUGGCUAAUGAAAAGAACUUGAAGGUCUCUUCGCAAACAAACUUUCUGUCUCGAGCAUGGUGGUAUCCAGUAUUCCAUUUUUUUGAGAAGAAUAUACAAGGCUCAGUUCCUUGCUGUUUCUCAUGGCCAAUAUCUUGGCCUCCUAGCUGCUUCAAGUCUUCAUGCAAGAAAUACUCCCGGGUUCAGAAGACGGGAGAGGACAAUGAAAAAUCCACCUGA